UGAACAAAUAAAAAAAUAGGGAUAUUUUCUAAUUUAUAGUCAAUUUUUUUCCUCUAAACCCUAAUAUCUUCACCUAAACCCUAAACUCCUCUUUCUCCUCCACAGUUCUCUCAAUCAGCAGCUGCCAUGGCAACAGAAACUGUGAACCCAAAAGCCUAUCCUCUUGCUGAUUCACAGCUUACAACGACCAUAAUGGAUUUGGUUCAACAAGCUGCUAAUUAUAAGCAGCUUAAAAAGGGUGCUAAUGAAGCUACAAAGACUCUAAACAGAGGAAUUUCGGAAUUCGUUGUCAUGGCUGCAGAUACUGAGCCUCUUGAAAUCCUUCUUCACCUUCCGCUCCUUGCCGAAGAUAAGAAUGUGCCGUAUGUCUUUGUCCCUUCAAAACAAGCUCUUGGCCGAGCAUGUGGUGUUACCCGUCCUGUGAUAGCUUGUUCAGUGACGAGCAAUGAGGGAAGCCAGUUGAAAUCUCAAAUACAGCAACUAAAGGAUGCCAUUGAGAAGCUCCUCAUCUAAAUGUUGAGCCUUCUACAGCAUGAUGAGCCUUUUGAGGCUUGGACUGAAGUAGUUGUCGUCCUGUUAGCACCUUUUUUUAAAUCCUUGUUUCAUUUUUGUUCGUGAAUCUUUACAAUCACUGUUCUAAGAGUACCGAUAAACACAUGAAAAUUUAAUAUCAGGUUUACGUUACAGUUAAACUUGAGUUUUAUUAUAUCGUGUAUAUCUAGGGGUCGUAAAUUGUAAUGAAGGAUCCUCUUUGCUUCAUUAAAUUUUGAUAUUCUUGGUCUCUA